AUGUCAAGUCAAUCAAACAAACAGAAAAAGUCAAUAACCAGCAGCUCGUUUGCAUCUUCCGCUAAAGAAGAUGCUCGCGGUCAGAAAAUCACGAGCGACCCGCGUUUCGUGCAUGUGCAUCAAGACCCGCGUUUUAUUCGACCGAAGAAAAAAGACAUUAAAGUUACUUUGGAUAAACGAUUUGCUCAUAUGCUAAAGAACAAAGAAUUUAGCGAUGCUCCUAAGAUUGACAAAUACGGACGUCCACUUUCUUCGGAUCACUCGAAAAAAGAAUUAAAAAGAUUCUAUGUUUUAGACAAUGAUGAUGAUGACGAAUCUAAUAAUCGCCGUAGUCGUCUAAAAAAUAAAGAUGACAUCAUCUCUUCACAAAAGGAUCUAUAUGAUUUUUCACGUGGAAGAUUAGAUAUUUCUAGUUCUUCAUCCGAGGAUGAAGAAUCUGAAGAUGACGAUAACGCAUCAUUAUCAUCUUCUUCAACAUCUUUAAAUGAGUCCUUGGAAGAUCAAGAAGACACUGAACAAGAGGAGCCAAUCCCACUUGGUGAUGAGACUCGCAGAUUUGCCGCAAUUAAUCUUGACUGGGAUAAUGUAAAAGCAACAGACCUGAUGAAAGUUUUUUCUGGGUUUUGUACUUCGGGUACAUCUAUAAUUAAGUCUGUCAAAAUAUAUCCUUCAGAGUUUGGAAAAAAGCGAAUAGAAUUGGAAUCACGUGAAGGACCACCAAAAGAAAUAUUUAAAUCAUCAACAAAGGACCGAGAAGACGAAGAUAGCAGUGAUGAAAGCAGCAACGAUAUCAACGGUGAAAUGAAUGAUGCAUCUUCUAAUGAAUUUGAAGAAGCAGCGUUACGAAAAUAUCAACUUGAGCGACUGAAGUUUGAAUGUGAUAGUGUUGAAACAGCACGACAUGUUUACCAGCAAUGUGAUGGUGCGGAAUUCGAAAGUACGGCCAAUUUUUUUGAUUUACGAUUUAUUCCGAAUGAUAUGAAUUUUGAUGAUGAUCCAGUAGAUGAAUGUUAUGAGGCACCGGCUGAAUAUAAACCAGUUGAUUUUGUCACAGAGGCACUUCAACACUCAAACGUAAAGCUAACAUGGGACAAUGACGACCCCGAUCGUGUUCGACUAAUGCGAAAAUCAUUUACACAAGAAGAUUUAGAUAACAUGGAUUUCAAAGCGUACCUUGCUUCAUCGGAUGAGGACGAGGAGGAAGACGAAGAUAUCGCGAAAAAAUAUAAAAGUUUGUUAUCAUUGGCUAAUAACAAUGCUGAUGAUAAUAGUCGAGAGUUGCUGUAUGGCUCUGACGAUGAGCAUCAUGAUGAUCAGGAAAUGGAGGUUACUUUUACACCUGGAAUAAGCGAAUCUUUGGAGAAUGAAACAACAUUAGAAGCGUAUCUACGAAAACAACGCGAAAAAAAGAAAGCAAAGAAAAAGCUUCGACAAGAAAAAAUUAACAAGUUUUCGUUUGAUCAAGAUAAUGAUAACGACGAUUCGAACGAUUAUGAUGAGAUAAAAAAGAUUCAAAAAACGAAAAACAAUCCUCGAUUUGCAGCGCUUCAUGAGUCUCAUCAUUUUGCCAUUGAUCCCAGUAGUCCUCAAUUCAAGAGAACUAAAGCAAUGGAAAAGUUAUUGCAAGAACGACAGCGUCGUCAGUUACUUUUGUCGCAGGAAGGAGAAAGUAAAGGCGCUGCUGCUGCUUUUUCACAUACUCAAAAUAACGAUAAAAGUAUUGCAUCACGAGAUCCAAGUUUAUCAUUAUUAGUUAAAUCGGUAAAGCGGAAAAAUCUGUUGGCGGCAGAAAAACAACAGCAACGUGGCAAACGAAAAAAAAUAGAGUAA